AUGGUUUCAAAGAAGGUGGUGGCCAGUUUGCUCUUGGUGUAUGUGGUGUCCAUGUUGGCUGAACAGACCGAAGGCUUCGUGCCCUUUUUCACCAAAAGUGACUUCCAGAAAAUGCAGGAAAAGGAGAGGAACAAAGGAGGGCAGAAGAAAUCCCUGACCUCACUGCAGCAGCUCUAAGAGGAAGGCUUCUCUGAGCAAUCCGGUACGGAUGUCAACAAGGUCAAGACCAUCCAGCUAGCUGUUCCUGUCAGAGCUGGGAUGUGGCUCACCCCAAGGCAUCUGGAAAAAUACCAAGAUGUCCUGGAGAAACUGCUAGCAGAGACGUUACAGGACACCCCAGACGCUGACUGAUAUCUGCAGAAUCAGAAAAGAAAGCGAUGUAACUUGCUAAAGCUAAAAGACUCCACUUAUGUAAAUGAAAUCUGUAAAAGAGAUUAACAACAA